GGCAGAUGAUACUCUGGGGUAGGAUUGUGCACUUGCAACCGGUGUUAUCGGUUCUUGGCUCACCACUCGGCCCGGUUCAAGGGUGCAUCGCACGGAGUCCCGAAUGCCAACUCGGCCACGAGGCCAUCCCCUAAAUACUCGCAACCCGUCCUCACUCCGUUUGUUUGCCCAACUCGUCCUUAUCCCACGGCGAUCAUCCCUCGCAUAACACUUUGGCAAUAGAUCUUCAGAUCCUCCGCACGUUCCUUGUCAUCUUAUUUUCCUUUAUACUUCUAUCACUAGUUCUUUAUUUAUGGAAAGUCGAAACGACGCACCCGAUGGACGACUGUCAGCCAUGUCUACCAUAGCCGAGACCGACAACUCACGACUCGAGGAGCGUGACGUUGAAAAAGAAGCCAACCCCGAGCCUGGAAGCAACUCGACAGCAGUAAAAAAGGUCUUCCCUGAAACUGACCUCAGUCGGGGCAUUGUGGGGUGGGAGGGACAAGAUGACCCCAACAACCCCCAGAACUUUGCACCUGGCAAGAAAUGGGGUCUGCUCGGCUUGAUCAGUGCAUUUACCCUGGUAUCGCCACUCGCGUCAAGCAUGUUUGCUCCCGCUGUAUCCUACAUGGCUGCGGACUUUCGCGAAACCAAUCAGACCAUACUGUCUUUUACCGUCAGUGUUUUCCUGCUAGGAUACACGUUCGGUCCUUGCCUCCUCGCCCCGCUCAGCGAAAUCUAUGGCCGCCGUGUGGUUCUAAGUUUCUCCAACUGGUUUUUCGUUGUCUGGCAGAUCGGCUGUGCCCUAGCUCAAAACAUCGAGACGGAAAUCAUAUGCCGGUUCUUCGCAGGCAUUGGAGGAGCGGGCUGCAUUACCCUCGGAGCAGGUGUUAUUGCAGACCUCUUCCCGAUUGAGCAAAGAGGCAAAGCCACUGCAAUCUGGGGUCUUGGUCCCCUCAUGGGCCCGGUCAUUGGUCCAAUUGCUGGCGGGUUUAUUGGUCAGGAGGCCGGCUGGCGCUGGGCCUUUUGGGUUUUACUCAUUGCCGGUGGGGUCCUGAGUCUCGCCAUCGAAGUCCUCAAUCGGGAGACGUUCGCCCCGGUGCUUAUCAGAUGGAAGACAGCCAAGCUGGCAAAGGAGACUGGCCGGACAGAUUUGCGCAGUGCCUACGAGCAGGGAAAUGGAAAGCAGGGUGCGGAGCCAGUUCGUGUGGAAGAGGCUCUGAAGCUGGGUUUGCAGCGACCUUUCCAUUUGCUGGUCAAGUCUCCAAUCGUACUCCUCCUCUCCACUUACAUGUCAUUCGUUUACGGUCUCCUAUAUCUUUUCUUCACCACGAUUUCCUCCGUCUUCAGAACGCAGUACGGUUUCUCGACAGGACUAUCCGGCCUCGCCUAUCUCGGUAUCGGAAUGGGUUUCGCAGUCGGACUUGCCUUUAUGGCCCUCACCAACGAUAGAAUGCUCGUUAGGGCCACCAGGCACAACGGCGGGGUAUUCGAACCCGAGAUGCGUCUACCUCUGAUGAUUAUCUUUUCGAGCAUUCUACCCAUCUCCUUCUUCUGGUACGGAUGGACAGUCGAGAAGGAAGUUCACUGGAUCGUACCCAUUAUCGGAAUGUUCCCCUUUGGCGUGGCUAUGAUGGGUGUAUACAUGCCCAUCCAAACAUACGUGAUCGAUUGCUACCCGAAGUACGCCGCGUCUGCUAACGCCACCUUGACUGCCACAAGGUCCUUGGUUGGUGCGCUGCUGCCACUUGCGGGGCCUACCAUGUUCAGUGACCUUGGUCUUGGCUGGGGUAAUUCGCUACUUGGGUUCCUGGCUCUGGCAUUUGUGCCGGUCCCUAUCCUCUUCACGCGGUACGGGAAGACCAUCCGUGAGCGGUGGCCUGUGGACCUCGAUGGGGGGAAGGCUUGAUGGGUGAGGGUACAUUCCACCACCAUACAGAUCUUUUCACUUUGAUACAACAUUAUUAGACUUAGAGCUGGUAUAGACGGGCUCGCCUCCAGCAGUCAUUAUCUCCGCUGUACGCGUUUUUGUUAUUUACAUAUCGUAUAAUCUGAACAGGCAUUUCUUUUCUUCGCUUUGCACAACGUAUUUGGUAAACGGGCCAUUCGAAGGUUCCAUCAGUUGAAAUCCUAGUGAUAGCCAUGCUAUACCAUUACG